AUGGAUCGUUUUAAAAGAAAGAUAAUUCAUUCAGCUGACUACAAAAACCCUUCUACGUUUGAUAUCUCAAAGCAUAGAAAAAUUCUUAUAAUUGGAGGUGGUCAUUCCUCUGCAGAAAUAUCAACUGAAUUAACAGAUGCUGGAUUUCAUGUCACUAUUGCACAUCGUGGUGGACAGUACUUUAUGAGACAACAUGAUUGGACACCUUACCUAUGGAAUCAAACAAUUGAAAAAUCUCUGCAAUAUUGGGGAUAUUCGAUGGCAGAUGAAAAAUUCAAAGAAAUACUGAAUACAUUCGAUGAACAAUUUUCGGAAAAAAUAUAUCAUAUUAAUAAUAAAGUUAAUUGGACGAUUCCUUUAUUAAGGCCUGCUUCUUUUAUAAUUCUACAUAAGAAAACGUUUAUUGAUGAUUCUCAUUUCUUUGAUUUACUUCGACAAAAGUCGAUUGAAGUUAAAGGAACUGUUAGAGAAAUUGUUGAAGAAGGAGUUAUAUUUGAAAAUAGAUUUGAAAUUCAAGAAUUCGAUGGAAUUAUCUUAUGCACUGGAUUUUCACAUGGACUUGAACAAUUCUUAGAUAAUGCAAAUCAAUAUUUAAGUAAUCAUCGUUAUCGUCAUUUACCACCAGAAAAAGCAUGUUUACCAAUAACCGAUGGUCGAUGCAAAUCAUUCACAAAAAACAACCUAUAUUUUCCAGGAUUUGAUUAUGGAAUUAAUCAGAGAGUUGAUUUUGCAUUAUAUUCAUGGUACGUUGGAGAGAGAAUACUUAGUGACAUAAUGGGAAAUGAUUUUAUUCCUGAAUUGUCUCCUUCUAAAUUCAAAUAA